AUGUCGAAUCGCAACCAGAUUGACUCAGUCAUCGAUGAUGAUGACGAGUUUUGCCCCUUGUGUAUUGAAGAGUUCGAUCUUUCGGACAAGAACUUCAGACCCUGUCCUUGUGGAUACCAGAUCUGCCAGUUUUGCUACAAUAACAUCAAGACCCACAACGAAGAGGGUCGGUGCCCGAACUGCAGACGACCGUAUGAUGAUAGCACUAUCCAGUACAAGGUGCCUGAUGCAGAUGAGUUCAAAGCCGACUUGGCCCUCAAGCACCGCAAGGCAGCUGCCGCAAAGAAGAAGGAGGUCGAAAAACGCGAAAUCGAAGCUUCUAGUCGGAAGAACCUGGCUGGAGUCCGAGUUGUCCAGAAGAACCUGGUCUACGUGAUCGGACUGAAUCCUACAAUCCGAGACGAAGGCCAACUUCUGCAGACGCUGCGGGGUCCAGACUACUUUGGGCAGUACGGUGAAAUUGACAAGAUUGUUGUGAGCAAGGCAAAGCCGGGCGGCAACCCAAACCAGGGCAUCGGCGUUUAUGUUACAUUUGCUCGCAAAAUCGAUGCGGCAACCUGUAUCGCUGCUGUUGAUGGCUCUCAAAAUGGGGACAGGCUUCUCAGGGCACAAUACGGCACAACAAAAUACUGUUCGUCCUUUCUUCGCAACGAGCAAUGCAACAAUCGCAACUGUACAUUUCUUCAUGAAACUGGUGAUGAUAGCGAGAGCUACAGCAGACAGGAUCUCUCGUCAAUGAACACGGCUCAGAGACAUGGUUAUCCAAAUGGAGCUGCUGCGGCCACUGGAAGCCGGCCUUUCAAUCAGCCCAUCCAAUCUCAGCCGAUGCGCAGACAGGGAAGCAAGGACGAGACCUCGAAAUCAUUACCGGAUGGUCCUGCUCUUCCAUCUUCGGCGAGCUGGGCAAACAAGGACGCCCCGAUUAACCGUGCCAGGAGAGUCAGUUUGACUGGUAGUCGUUCCUCCCCAAGUCCCAAGCCGGCUAGUGUCACCAUACUUGCGAAGAACGAAGAGUCAAAGAAGCACUCUGUUUCUGGCCAAGACUCUCGACGUUCUACUCCUGCCCCACAACCAACCCAGCAACCCAGCUCCCAAAUCCAGCCUCGAGCACAAGAAGCACCUACAAAGGACGUUGUACUUGAUUCUCUUCUCAAAGCCGUGAACUCUCCCGAUUUCCGUUUCGUGUUUUCCACCGAGGGCAUGUCCGAUGAUGAGAUUAAAUACAUUGAAAAUGGACCAUCGUUUAUCGACCCCUUUGGUGGAGUCAAACGCAGAGCGAUGCGGGAAAAGGCAGAACAAGAGCGUGCAAAACAAGAGGUUGAAGCUCAAUCUCUGUUGCCAUUAACAGUUCCGGAUGAGGAAGCUCGAGAGAGCGGAAGCUUGCAACUUGGAGGCGAGCCAGAUGAUGUGCACCCCGCAAGAGGCGCUGCGACUCGUGGCCGCGACAACCAUGGAGCUAUUCAGCCGCCAUCUCAGCAGGACACGGCUAAUAACUCGGCUAUUGGGUCUCCAUUGUCCCUGAGUCAACAGUUUCAGAACCUGAAUAUGAACACAAGGAGCCUAACCCCACAGCAGCAGCAGCAGCUAAUGUUGCUCAAAUCGGCCAAUGGCCAGCAAUCUAAUUUGAUGGACCAUGCCAUUGAGCAAGCGUCCCAGAAUCGCCAAGGCCCUUUCCAAGGCACAAUGCCGCAAGGCGGGGUGGGUGGACACAGUCGUCAGUCUUCUCGCUUUUCGUUUGCUAACGACUCUGCGAAGAACGCAUCAAAUGCUAGAAUUCUCAGCCAACAAGGAUCUUUAACCCCCAACCCGCUUACUACACCUGCUCCACAACAGAACAUGUCGAACCAGUUCUACUCGAGCAGUGUACAGGGCCCGCCUCCUGGGCUGAAGACGGCUGGGACCCCGCCUAUUAGUGGUGGUGGGAUGUUCGCCCAAGGCUACGGCUUCACCUCAAACACAAGUCUUGGUCUGGGUGGAAAUGUUGGGAAGCAAGAGCCAAGCCCUGAUUUGAUGCGAGAGUUACUGCGAGGCCGCAGUGGAACUGCUGGUACGGGUGGCGUGCAGAGUCACGAGGCUAAGCGUGAGUUUAUGUUUCCCUUCCUUCAACAGCACAAUACCCCCCCUCCCCUGACUCCCGCUACUGGCCUUCUCAGUGCCUUCUAUGGUUCCCAAGCCGGUACUUUUACCGACUCUGGGCCACAGAAGCAGAGGAAGAAGGGGAAGAAGCACAGACACGCUAACACUUCCUCCGGUGGAGGCGGUGUAGUAGAUCUUGCGGACCCGAGCAUACUGCAGGCGAGAAUGCACCCAGCUGGUGUUGGUACGACUGGGCAAGUGCUAUACGGAAGUCAGGGGCAAGUUGACGACGAUGAAUUUCCACCUCUGAAUGCCAAUACGACAGAUAAGACAGAAUUCCCAUUUCGACCCUUUUUGCCUAGAGAUCCACCAGAUAUCUCUAGCCGUUCUGAGACACCUACAUUGCCUCCUGGACUUCCACUUCCUCUUGGUCAUCCAGCGGCAGUGCUUUUUCAAGAUGAAUCGACCCCCCAAAGUCCAGCCUCAUCUGUGAACUUGCCAACGCAUCCUUCAGGUCUGACAUUUUCACGCCAUGGUACUCCUCUCCAGAAAUCAUUGGAUGCCCUAUCCAGGCGUCAAACACCAGUGACGAAAGACGCACCUGGUGAGAAUUCAUCACUGGACAAAAUGCGGAAUUUUGGCGAUAUUUCUUUAGGAUCCCCUAAAGCAAGGUCGUCCAAGAAGGCUAGUGCUGAAUUUAAGCACGAAAAAUUUGUAACGGGCAGUCCGCUGCCGUCUUACCCUGAUGGAGCAAAAGACCUGAAGAAAGGGAAGCCCAUCAAGUUGGACUUGUCCAUCCCAUCUGCAGAGCAAUUUGUGUCAUCUGCUGGUAAAGAAGCUACUGGUCUAUCGGCGACAGCUCUGUUUCCAACUAUUUCAACUGGCUCGAGACCUGGAACUCCUAUGACAGGGACAUCGAGGAACUCUGAUUCUUCUGGAGCGCGUCAGCCUCGAGUACUUCGAGUGGUGGAAACACCGAAGGCAGAGACACCACCACCACCACCGUCUCAAGUGGUUCAGCCAAUGCCUUCUGUGGCCCAGACACGAGUUCUCUCUCGACAACCCAGCCUGUCUUCAUCAGGUCGGCCCACUACGCCAGCCGAUGGAUCUGAUUACGAUCCAACAACUUCUGCGUCAGUUUCUAGAGCAGACUCGCCUCCUCCUACCAGAAUAGGGUCAGCGCCUGUCCGUGCUAUGACAAAGAAUCAAGUAAAGAAAGAGCGCAGAUUAAAAGCCAAACAAGCAGAAGAGGCUUUGAAAGAAGAGGCGUCUGUCGCGACAAAUGAAGACACCAUACAGGCACCAAUUCUAGGACGCAAGCGCAAGACUAAGAAAGCGCCUUCUUCAGAGCAGUCCGCAACGACGACAACGGGAACUGCGACAAAGAGCGUUCCUGAGAGCGCCGCACCCCCUGUCAGCGAGAAAGAAAAUUCGAAGUCAACUGUGGGUAACCAGAACGCCGGUCAGAAAGAAAAAGAUACUGUUAAAGGGGAGAAGCCCACACCACCUGCACCCGUUGCUGAGAUGGAACCUCAGGAUGAACCGUGGCGGACUGAAAAUACCGUUUCGCAAUUGAUCAAAGACAUAGAAACCGGUGGCGGCUCGGUCAAGGAUCUAUUUCUUGAAAGAAGUUCGCCUCUUUACCUCGUACUUGCGCAACUCCACAAAGCUGGUCAGAUUGAUCUCAACACCCACCCACUCUUCAAUCCAACACCUAUCAAUCAGCGGACGGAUAUGAAGUGCACAGCGGAUGAUUACGAUCUUCUACAGGAUCCAACUGAACUCACAGAGGAAGCUCGGAAGAUACUCGAAAAAGGCUUACCUUUACGGAUUAACAAUGGCUCUGAAGCAUUGAAGGACCGUUGUGUGAUCACACCCAAGGGCCGAGUGCUACGACACCUGACUCCUGAAGAAGAAGAGCGCUAUUUGAGUUUAGAACGUAUCGCAGACUCAGAGACUUCUCAUGAGUAUCCUGCUCUUUCAAUUGCGGAGCCAGAUUACACAAACAUGAACGGUGGUUUGGCUGCUCUCUUCGCGACUCCAGAAAAGUUCAAUGUUCGCUGGGUGUCGGAGUCCCAGGUACCACUGGUUACUACCAAUACAGAACCAGAGGAUAGCGAUUUGGAGGACCAUGAGUCUGAAAAUUGCCCACCUAAUGCUCUGUCGGCCAUGGAAGCUGACGCAACGAGACUACACAACACAAAUGACUCUAAUGGCGCUAUUGGCUCGUCAGCUCAUCAUGCUCUUGAAUUUGAUGCUAGAUCCCCUGCAGUAGAAACUGAAAAGCAGCUUCUGGAAGUAAGAGGCGUGGCAUUUGGCGAGAUACGGGACAUUGACAACAUUCCUGCGUUGGAUACCGCGGAACUUGCCUCGUAUAUCCAGCAGUCGCAGAGAGAUCUGGAGAUUUCUCGCAAGGAGUUUGACGUUAUCGACAAAAAGUUCAACGCGCUUGUGAAGCGCAACAAGAAAAUUGUACAGCAAGCCCUUGGUACCGUGCUUGAAAUUGGGAAAUAG